AUGAAUGCGGCGCACAUCUUCCGCCAAGGGCUCGGGACUGUCCCGCCCAGAGCCAAUACCACCUUCAACCCGCUUGCAGGUCACUCAGCAGACGUCGACGAUCUCUCGGAAGGUGAAGGAUCCGAACAUCGCGUCGCCCACACUUUGACAGCAUGCUGCCGCUGCCGACAACGUAAAACUCGAUGCGAUCCUACCCUGCCCCGUUGUCUCCCGUGUGAACGAUCCGGUUCUAUAUGCGAGUAUCUAGAUGCUGCCAAGGGCCGAAAAAUAAAUCGUUACUAUGUCAUCAAACUUCAGGAUAAAGUCCGCGCGCUAGAAGCGGAGCUCGACAACUAUACCGAUGAAGCCGCCGACUAUCCUAGAAGCAGCGAAGACAUUGUUCGUCCAGGCGGCAUGAUUCGCCUCAGCGUCAGUGACGAGAUACCUCGCUAUCUUGGACCAAGUAGUGGGAUUGCCUUGACUCGUCUCUUGAUGGAGGAAGCGAAACGAUUCACCGACUCCAAGAGUAUAGGCGAACUGAUACCUGAAGUCCGCGCCAGACGCCAGGCGCGCAUGCAGUCGAUUCAAAUGUCCGGAACUGGGACCCUGACUGGUCAUAAGAAGAGCUAUCCCAUGGUAUCCGAGGUUCCUGCAGAGAGUCUGCCGAAACGUGUCGUCGCCGACAAGCUCAUUGAUGCCUUUUACCAGAAAACACAACUAUUUUGGCCGGUUUUGCACGAGAAGGAUUUCGAGCAAGACGUCGAUGCCGUCUACAACGGAGACACGGACCCUUAUCGCAACUUUGUCGUUCGAAUGGUCUUUGGCGUCUCCCUGCAAAGGAUGGAGCAGUAUGCAGGACUCGCUGACAGUUACUACAUGGCGGCCAUGCAAUACUUCAAGGAUGUUGUCCGUCCAAAGGAUUUGAAAACACUACAGUGUCUCAUAUUGGUUGCCGCGUACUCCCUGCACACUCCAGCGCGAAACCCAAUAUAUGCCGUUAUUGGUCUUGCCGUGCGUAUCUGCCAGCAAGAAGGACUUACCGAGGAGAAGACAAUCACAGCCGGCUACAACCUGGACGCCAAAACAAUUGACAUGAGACGACGACUUGUCUGGACUGUUGCUGCAUUUGAAUUCGCCCUUUCGCAUUACAUGGGUCGUCCGUCAUGUUUCGCCAAGGGCGGCGACCGUUUAGACGUGGAUUGGUUUGCAACGGUCAAGGACGAAAACAUCACUGCCAACGGUAUAUCAGCUGGACCGACCGACUUCAGAAAAACGAACACGAUACAUAUGUACAAGCUUCGAGCCAUUGAGUGCGAAAUCAGAAGGACGUUAUACGAAAGAAAGCGCCCCGAACCAGUCAACGAUACGCACCCAUGGUAUCAAAGCGUAGAUAAAAGACUUGAUGAAUGGGUUAAGUCCCGGACGGAAGAGAUUGCCUGGACAAAAGCUUGGUACUUUGGAGCGUAUCAUCAGUCUCGCAUGUUCCUGUAUCGCCCCUCCCCUCAGGUGCCAAAACCGUCUGCAGGGGCAGCACAAAUCUGCUUUGAUAGCGCCGCAUUUGUCCUCUCACUAUCGAAGAAGCAGAUCGAUACGUCUGCGAUGGACUCGACCUGGAUGUUUCUUCUAAACCUCUCUACCGCUCUCAACACGCUACUGUGGUCCAUUUCGUAUCCCGAUGUCCGACAAGCACACAGCAGGGAAGAAGCUGACGAAUUGAUCAACUCUGCGUUAGACUCGCUCGACAGCUGUUCAGCGCGCUGGCCAGGUGCGGCUGCCACUGCCCAGCUCUACACUGUUUUAUCUAAGGCCUGCCUGCAAAGCUACGAGGACGGCCAGUUCAACCCUCUGUUUUCCUUUGCCAGCCCCUCGAACGGCACAGAGAUGGCCUCACCGCCCAUGGUGAGCCAAGGGGUCGAUGGUCAGCCACAGGUGCGAUUUUUGAACCCACCUCAGUUUGGCUGGGCUUUUGACUCACCCCCCGAAUCAAUGAAUGCGUACACUUUCGAUCCCAACUUUCCCCCUCCCCAGCCGGCCUUCCGAUCCAACUCAAUCUUUUGCAACCCGGCAACUGACUCUAGCGGCCGUCGGUUCUCGUAUUUUCCGCCAGAUAUUAGCCAGCCAGGCGAGGGAAUCAUGGAGCAAGCCGCAGCCUUCAUGCCACCACAGCAGCAGCAUCUACAUCAACAACAGCAACAGCAACAGCAGCAGCAGCAGCAGCAGCAGCAGCAGCAUCAACUAUCUCAUCAACACCAGCACCAACAACACCAACACCAACAAAUACAACAAAUACAACAACAACAGCAGCAGCAGCAACAUCAACAAAUACAGCAGCAGCAGCAGCAGCAGCAGCAGCAGCAACCUCCGUCACAGCAUCCUACGCCCAGCCACUCUGAUCAAAUGAGCAAUCACAUGCCCACACCUCCCGAGUCCCUUGGGCCCGCGACCAACCUAUCCGCCACGACGCCUAACUCGACCUUUACACCCCCCGGCAUGAACCUGACCACGCCCAGCAUGGUGGAAGCCUCCCUGGCCUCCAUGACCAUGACCACGGGCAGCGGCGCGCCGCACAUGACGCCGCCGCAAAAAGAUAUGGGCCCGGCGGGCAACCCCGCCGCUAUGCCCCGCGCCGGCCUCGGCCUGUCGGACCAGAAGCCUCUACCCACCACCACCAUGGCGCCCGGCAGCGACUGGUACGCGCCGAUGCCCCAAUUCGUCUCCCCCUACACCCUUGACCACUUGGGAAGCGGCAGCGGUAGUAGCUUCCUCGACGAGACGAUGGGAAUGGAGCCCAACAGUGUUGCCUUUAGCGCCGCCGGUCAACACAACGCGGCCGCCGCUGCCGCUGGAAUGGGGGCCAUGCCCACAAUGGCGUCCCCUAUCGACAACCUCUCGCCCUACGGUUACAUGCCCGGCCGCCAGGGAAGCCUGUCCCAGUCGCAGCAGAUGGAGCUCAUGACAGUCUUUGAGCGGGAGGGUGUGAGCGAGCUGGAUGCCAUGCUCAACUCGGCAAAUAAUAUUUCCGUCGAUGCGAGUUGGUACUAA